AUGGCUUCCGAAGGAUGGUCGGUCGGUCUUGUGUGGGUCGGCGGGAAGCAAGGCAACGAGCCUGGCAGGCCUGGCAAGCCUGGGAGCUGGGAGCCCAACUGCUGUCCAGCACCCAGCACCCAGCACCCAGCCAUCCAGGGAUCCAGGAUCUUUGCACCAUCCGCCUUGUACAUAGUAAUUGACCUGUCACCUUCCAACAUGUCUCUAUUUCAUUUUCUUACAGUCGAUUGUCCCGUGGACCGGGAAAAUAAUUCAUGGCUUGCAUGGCAGGGUGCCAGGCCAGGCACUUCACAUGUUCAUGAGAAGUCGUUGUCGCUGGCAUUGCUCGCGUUGGACCUGUUGUUCGUAUCUGCCAUGGUGAUCCUCGCAUACACCUCACUUCUACGGUUUUGGCUCUCGAGCGCACGCCUGCCUCUAUUGAAUUGA